CGCCGCGCGGGCCGGGCAUGGUGUUGGGCCCCGGGCCGCCUCGCCUGUCUCGGGGUCUCCAGGGUAAAGGCAGCAGUGAUGCUAACUCUGGCAAGCAAAUUGAAGCGGGAUGACGGUCUCAAAGGGUCCCGCUCGUCAGCCACAGCUUCCGACUCCACCCGGAGGGUGUCUGUGAGAGACAAGCUGCUUGUCAAAGAGGUUGCAGAACUUGAAGCUAAUCUACCUUGUACCUGUAAGGUGCAUUUUCCUGAUCCGGACAAGCUACACUGCUUUCAGCUAACUGUGACCCCAGAUGAGGGUUACUACCAGGGUGGAAAAUUUCAGUUUGAAACUGAAGUUCCUGAUGCGUACAACAUGGUGCCCCCUAAAGUGAAGUGCUUGACCAGAAUCUGGCACCCCAACAUCACAGAGACAGGGGACAUCUGUCUGAGCUUGCUGCGGGAGCAUUCGAUUGAUGGCACUGGCUGGGCACCGACGAGGACGCUGAAGGAUGUUGUCUGGGGAUUAAACUCAUUAUUUACUGAUCUGUUGAAUUUUGAUGACCCGUUGAACAUUGAAGCUGCAGAGCACCAUUUACGGGACAAGGAGGACUUCCGGAAUAAAGUCGAAGACUACAUUAAACGUUACGCCAGAUGA